AUGUUGGGUGUAAUUUCAAUGUCUAAACAACUAGAAUACUUCAAAGAGUAUAGAACAAAACUGGAGCCAGCUAUUGGAAAGAGAAGAACCAAAAACCUCAUUAACAAGGCUGGGUUCAUUGUUAGCGCCGGUACAAACGAUUUCGUGAUCAAUUAUUUUGCCACACCGAUUCGCCAGCAAAGCUAUACUGUCUCUGGCUACCAGCAAUUUCUGAUGCAACAUGUCCAACAGUUCGUACAGGUCUGUCCCCUAUUACAGUCUUUAUCAAAGAGAUGA